AUGGGUCCGAGGUCUCGAUUCCGGCAUAACACAUCCUUUGUGCAGAUCUAUUCGUUGUUUAUACUUUCAUCCUCAAAAACCAACCAAAAACCAAAAAUGGGCGCAGAAAAAGUAUCCAUGAACAUCGUCGUUGUCGGACAAGUGCACUCUGCCAAGGCCGUUAAGACCGUCGCCAAAGCCACACCAGCAACCAGCCAACUGAUGAACUGUUAA